GAGGGGAAUUUCGGCGUCGCUCAUUCGAAGCUCGCCGCGGUGUGUGUGUGUUGCUUCCCUGUGCCUGUUGUGUUGGAAGAUUGCUCUCUUGCUUGCUGCGGAUUCUCCUUUACUCGGUGCUGCUUGCGAUGUUUUUUGAACAGCGCUUGUUACUACUGGACUGAGGAGGUUUUCGUUAUUUUUAUUUAUUUUUUGGACGGGAAUUGGAAUCUGCCGAGUGGUGUCGUCAACGCAGUUGGGCCAAGAUGAGCCUACAGGACAUUGAAGAGUUGAAGGCCAAUCUCUCGACGUAUAAAGAGCAGCUACAGCAAGUGAAGGAAUUGCUGGUGUUGGAUCCUAACAAUGGGGAGUAUCAGGAGAUGGAGAAAAGUUUGACUGAGGUCUUGGAGUUGACGUAUGAUCUGCUUAAUGAAGCUCAACAAGCCAAAGAAGAUGCAACGGCUUUGGAGCAGGAACAGGAACAAAUUGCGGCUACAAGCACGCAGAGGCCUCCCUUUCAUCUCUCAUCUACUCACACGCCGCUUCAGGGCGAAAGCUUUACACAAAAUGUUGCAGACAGACUUCGUGUUGGGACUAAAGUUCAAGCCAUGUGGAGUGGAGACGGACAAUGGUAUAAAGCCACAGUAGAAGCAGUUACUCCUGGGGGCUAUUUUGUUGUCUACGAUGAAUGGGGAAACAAAGAAGAGGUGAAUGCUUCAAAUGUAAGGGAAUUUAACAUUUCAGACAAUGAUGAGGAAGUUUUAGACAAAAUGCUCGAUGGAGCUGAGGCAGUUGACGAGGCAAGUGUGGAUCCAUUAUUGAGUGCUGAGCAACAAGCUAAUCUCACCAGGCUUGCCUUGAAGAGAAAGAUCGAAGAAGCCGCCAACGUGGAUGUUAUUUCUAAGGAUUUGCCCCCAAAGUUGCGGAUCAAACCUGAUGAUCCUGAAGAUGUGAAAGCAGCGAAGAAGAAAAAGAUACAUGCUUUUAAGUCGAAGGUCAGGCUUGAGCAGAUGGAGCUGACACAGAACAAAAAUCAAAAUGCUUGGCAGCAAUUUCAAACUACCAAAGGAAAAUCCAAAAAACAGCAAGUGGGGUUUUUCACGGGGCGCAAAAGGGAGAGUAUAUUCAAAACUCCUGACGAUCCUAAGGGGAAGGUAGGUGUUACAGGCAGUGGGAAGGGGACUACUGAAUUUCACAAACGUGAGAAGCAUUUGCACUUGAAGCUUGGUGUAGAUAGAGACGAUUAUGUAUAAUUAUGAUUUAUUUCUGUUUUAGGGGAUCUGAGUACUUAUGAAAACUAUGGACAUUUUGUUCUGAAAUCAUGGCCCAUCUCUUUGUUGUACUUGCUCGUCAUUUGUUUAAUAAAGAUAAACUCGCCUUUAAUGACCA